GAUUCCAGCCCCAGUCCCCUCGGGCGGGCGCCCUGGGCUGUGGAAGGCGCGGGGCUCCCUGUGGCAUCGCCCAAGUAGGGAUGGGGUCGGGCGCCCGCGGCCCCGCCGCGCAGUGCGCUCCUGGCCGACUUCAGUCCGUCUCGCGGCUUCUUCCGGGUUUAUCCCGCGCAGCAGCUGCCGCCUCGGGACACGCUCAUUCCCACGGCCACCGGCAAGCCACUCCUGGCUACUCCCCGGGACCUGAGAAGCCGCGGCGCGGAGGUGACCCUCCCCGGCCUGCGCCUCCCUUCUUCCUCCUCCCCAGCUGGGCGCGUGGUCGCGUCGCCGGGGGACUCUGCUGAUGCCCGAGAAAUGGGCUGGGGGUGCCGGGUGCCAGGAUGGGGUGGGGCGGCCCUAGGCCGGCCUGACUCCGGGACCGGGCUGCGGGCGAGGGUCUCGGGGCCCGCCUCGGCCGGCUUCCGGGCCGAGAAAGAAGGGCAGAGGAAGCGGUCAGGGUCCCCUCCGGCCCCGGCCUCCCUCCCGGAGUAUAAGCCCUUGGAGGCCAGGUUUUGGGUUGCUGCCGCCCAGCCCUUUCGGUCUCCACUUCUCCCCACGGACGUUUACAGCUGCUCGCUUUAUUUCUCCCUCCAUUCCCCCGGACCCCCUCGGCAGCGGAGGGGUCGCGUGCUUCUCCUCUCCCGCCUGCGCCUCCCUCCUUCCCACCCGACAGCCCAGGAGGAGCUGCGGGCGCGGCCCUGGGACGGCCGGAGGCUGGGGCGUCUGCUCGCUCGCGCCCUCCCAGGCGUUGCCGCGGGUCCGAGCCCCCGCAGAGGUGGGCAUAGCCCCGGGGCCGCAGAAAAAGAAGGCAGCUGGGCAGAGAUGCUCGAUUUCCCGAGCCCCACUUUCCUUUCACAGCCCACUGGGAUGUGUAGUUCUUCCGCCCGCAGGCCUGCGCCGAGGAGAAGCACGACUCGGGGUCUUAGAAACUACAAGUCCCUGCAUCCCCCGCGACAAGGGCAGGAGAGGCGUGGUGCUGGGCGUUCUGGGGCUAGGUGGUGGGAGAUGGGAACCAGCAAAGGGGGUUGUGGGGAACGGUGCCUUCUCUGUACUGGGCAGUUUGCACGUUACACAUGUUCUUUGUCUAAUCUUCGCCGGAACCCGGUGAGGCAUUAUUGUAUGCAGCUUAGAGAAAGCUUAACUACUGGCCAAACAUCACAAAGCUCCCAAGUAGUAGAGAUGGCAUCGAACCCAGAGCCCUAAGUAUGUCCCUUACAAAGCGUGCCUCAGUGAGGAGUGUCGAAGGGGGAUGAGAUUGGCUUAUCCAAGACGGCCAGUUGGGAGGAGCUGUGGUAAGGAAAAAGUGAUGGGAAUAGCAAUUAGAGUAUGGCAUGCAAUUACAAGGAGUUUUGAAUACAAGUGAAAUUUACAGGGGUCCGUUCCAAAGCCGGUUAGAGUCUAGGGAGAAUGGAUCUUAAGCACACGAUAAUAAUUGGGUUUUAACUAUUUUAGAUACUGUAUGAGAGACAAGCAUAUUACAGGGACAAUUAAGUACUUUGUGGCUGGACUAUUUUUAAAAAACCAACUGGAAAGCUUCAGACAUUUCAAGUGAAAGCUCUCAUAUGCUUUCCUGUCCUUUAGCUAAUGAGAUCAACGGGGUAUUAUUCUUAUUCUGUUUAUUGCAAGCACCUUUUCUGUGGGUGUCCAAUUAAUAUAAUAGAUCCAUUGAUUUGAUGGCAUUAAAAAAGACUCCCACUCUUAUUCUCAACGAAACUGAAUUUUUCUGGCAUUAUGGUUAUGCUUUUAAAAAGUCCUUCCUUGUCUGUUAGAGAUAUGUACUAAAGUAUCUGCCAGCGAAAUAAUAUAAAGUCUGAAAUGUGCUUUAAAACACACCAGUCCAUCCACUCCCCUCCUCCCACCCGCCCAGCUCCAGACAUGGAGGUAUAAAUGAAACAACUGGAAACUGUUGAAAAUAGUUGACCUUGGGUGACAUGUACUUAAUUAUUUAUUGCUGCAAAUUGCCACAAACGUAGUGGCCUUAAGACAGAUUUUUCUCACAGUUUUUAUGGAUCAGGUGUCCAGGUACACUCAGUCCCCCACUUAGGGUCUCACACCUGCCAUCAAGGGGCUGGCCAGGCUGCGUUCACAUUCACUGGAGAAGAACUGGCUUCCACUCUGACUCCGGGCACAGGCAAAAUUCCUUUCCUUGCAGCAGUAGGACCGAGGGCCCUGGCUUCUUGCUGGCUGGAGACUGGAGACUGUCCUCAGCUCCAAGAGGGAACCUGCAAUUUCUAGAGGUUACCUGGACUUCAUUGUCACUUGGGCUUUCCGAGCACAGCCACUUAUUUUGUCAGGCCUGCAAGGAGAGUCCCCAGAGUGAGUCUCCAGCAAGACAGAAUUUUAUGUAACAUAAAGCAAUCCCAUGGGGGCAACUUCAAAUGUGAACAUUCUGUUGGCCAGAAAGCAUGUUUUGCACACACUCAAAGGGAGAGGAGUACACAGGGCAUGAACACUAGGGUGAGGGGACACCCCGGAGUGCAUCCACCACAGUGUACAUGAGAGUCCAUUAUGCUAUUCUUACCUACCACAUCUACUCAUGUUUAUGUUUGACAUUUUCUGUAAUAAAAAGAAAUGAAUUCGUUUUAAAAUGUUACCUAAAUUUUCCACAGCAAAUAAGAUAUGCUAAUAUGAUUUCUAAAUAAGCUGAUACAAUUGUCUGUAGUUGUCUUCCUGGGGAUUACUUUUUUCUUCCCACUCCAUGUGUACUAAGACCUCUGCGGUUAAUUCACUUGUAUGGGUUACCCUCCCCUAAGGGCGUUCACUAGAACCUGGUGUGUGAUAGCUGCAGAAUUCACCUCACCAGCUACAGUUGAUCUUGAACAAUAUGGGUUUGAACCAGCGUGGAUGCCCUUAGACACGGAUUUUUUUCAACCAAAUGCAGAUUGAAAAUACAGCAUCCAUGGGAUGGGAAAUGCGAGUAUUCAGAGGGCAAAGGCCAACUCUUCCUAUAUGCAGGUUCUGUGGAGCCUGUUUAAGGACCUGAAUAUGUGUAGAUUUAGGUAUACGCAGGUGAUCCUGGAACCAAUCUCCUGAGGAUACUGAGGGAUGACUGUAAAACUUACUGUAUAAGGGAUGGUAGAGUUUAUUCAUUUAUUUUACAGUUAUCUAUUUCAGGGCCUAGAUUGUGCUAAGUACUGUUUUAGCAGCAGUGAUAUAAAAAGAUCCAAGAUAGAAGCUUAUAUUUGGGGACUGGGGGACAGGUGGAGAGAAUAAACAAAUAAAUAAAUGACUAGUAAGACAAUUUCAGAGAGUAAUUACAAUAACAAAAAAACAAAGCAGGGUUAUGGGAUGGAGAGACUGGGGUCGGGCAGAGAAUCGAAUGAUGAGAAGGGGCAAGUACCAAGUCCUCAAGGCAGAACAACCUGGAAAAUUCUAGGGGUACAAAGAAAAACCAGUCUGGCUGGAGUGGAGCGAGGGCCGGGGAGAGAGGGAAAAAGGAACAGGACCAAGGAAGCAUCUGGAAUUCAUUCUGUGUGCACCAGCAUCAAUUCUGUAUGCCACACUCUGUACCCACCAUCGGUGUAAGUGUUGAGGGGUCUGAAAGAAGAAUCACCAUCCUUGCCCUCCAGGAAUGUAUAGAUUCCAAACUUUAAUGCUAGAGGGACGUCAGCGUAUCUAGAAUUAGAGACCAAAACUUGUAUUUCCCAAACAAGGACACUGAAAAGUCAAAAGACCUGCUUUCCUUGAGAAUGCCUCGCCAAUAACAAAUAAUCCAAAAAUGAGUCUUGAAUUGAAUUGAAAGAGUGCAUGAUCUACUUUUGCUAAAUGGAGUUUAGCCUAAUGCUGCCUCUUUACAUAUUUUAAGUUUGGCCUAAAGGUUUCUCUGUACACUGAACUGUAGCCUAAAUGGAAGUGUAAACAGAGUGUGAUCUACUCGGGUGUCAAUUACUGAGUUUUGGCCACUCAAUUGUGGCCAACUGUUCAAACCAUGUUCAAAUAAGACAAAUGCUGAGCUGUAACCAUCUGGCUGUUUCCGUACCUCAUUUCCGCUUUCUGUACGUCACUUUCUUUUUUCUGUCCAUAAAUUCUCUUCCACCACGCGGCUGCACUGGAGUCUUUGAGGCUACCCUGGCUCAGGAGGCUGCCCAAUUCAUGAAUCAUUCUUUGCUCAGUUAAACUAUUUUAAAUUGAAUUCAGCUGAAGUUUUUCUUUUAGCACUUUAAAGCUUUAGAAAAUUGAUAAUGAAUGUUU